UGACGCCGAGCGCCUCAAUUCGCAUCGCGCAAACAACCCAAGACUCGCGUGGGAUCGGUCCCGGCUGCUGUCUCCUGCAUCAUCGGCCCAUAGUGUCGUCUUCCGAAUUCCAGCCCGUUUUUUUUUUUCGGGAUUAAAGAAAGCCAAGUGUGUCCGAAUAAUAAUAAUCUAAUCCCAUUUAGACCGUCGCGUGAUCGAGGAGAGGGGGGCAUCGUACUACCGCACGAGCGAGCGCCGAUUUGCAGCCAUAGAAUCACUGGAUCCAUCCUAAGGAGGAGCACCAUGGGCAAACAGAACAGCAAGCUGACCCCGGAGGUCAUGGAGGACCUGGUGAAGAACACAGAGUUCAACGAGCACGAGCUGAAGCAGUGGUACAAAGGCUUUCUGAAGGACUGCCCCAGCGGCCGCCUCAACCUGGACGAGUUCCAGCAGCUCUACGUCAAGUUCUUCCCGUACGGCGACGCCUCCAAAUUUGCCCAACACGCCUUCAGGACCUUCGACAAGAACAGCGACGGCACCAUCGACUUCCGAGAGUUCAUCUGCGCCCUGUCCAUCACGUCCCGGGGCAGCUUCGAGCAGAAGCUCAACUGGGCCUUCAACAUGUACGACCUGGACGGGGACGGCAAGAUCACCCGGGUGGAGAUGCUGGAGAUCAUCGAGGCCAUCUACAAGAUGGUGGGCACGGUGAUCAUGAUGAAGAUGAACGAGGACGGCCUGACGCCGGAGCAGCGAGUGGACCGCAUCUUCUCCAAGAUGGACAAGAACAACGACGACCAGAUCUCUUUGGACGAGUUUAAGGAGGCGGCCAAGAGCGACCCCUCCAUCGUUCUGCUCCUGCAGUGCGACAUGCAGAAGUGAGCGCUCCCCCCCACCACCCCCCCCGCCACCCCCCCCGCCACACACCCCCGCCCAGCCCCCAUCAAAACGCCCCCGUCCACCGUGUCCAGUCUGUUUCCUCUCGCACGCACACACACAAACACACACACACACACAUACACACACACACACACACACACACACACACACACACACACACAUACAAGCACACAAACAAGCACUCACACGUACGCACUCACACUCACACUCUCUUUCACUUUCACUCUCACUCUCACUCUCUCCGGACAGCAGCAGCAGCAGCUCACGAUUUGAUGUUAGAUUCUCUGCCAUUUCCACAGGAAAAUAACGAACAAAAACGACAAAAAAAAAUAAUGCUUGGACUAUUUUUUCAAUGGACUCGCUUCUUGUGGUCGUAUGCAUGAGAAUGUAAAAGGCUGAAUCAUCUCUCUUAUAGCUCAACGAUAUCAUACGUUUCUAUAUCAGACACACCAAAAAAACAAACAUGUGAGUUGUGCACUGUAACCCGUCCCGCCCCCCCCCCCCCCCCCCCCCCGCCCCCCCCCCCCGCCCCCCCCCCCCCCCCCGCCCUCCCCUCCCACACACACAAACACACACACACACACACACACACACACACACACACACACACACACACACACACACACACACACACACACACCUAUACAUCCCCCCCUUCACCUCGUAGCUUGUAAAUCAGUGGAGCACUGCAUUUAUGAAUUAUGUCCCCCGACGUAUAUCUAGGACACCUCCAUCACACACCCCCCCCCCCCCCCCCCCCCAACGCACCGCCCCCCCCAACGCUCCGCCUUCAAACCAGCCGGUGGUCACUGCUGAAGCUAAUGUAUGCUUUAUAUAAAUAGUACCAAGACAAUAACUCCUAUGAUAAUUGUAACUGUCUACUGUUCAGACCUCGGACGGGAGGAUCACAACACACACACACACACACACACGCACACACACACAUACACACACACACGCACACACACAUACAUACACACACACACACACACACAAACACACACACACACAUUGGGGAGUGUCAGUUCUUUGCAUGCAGUUAUUAUGUGUCAGAAAAAUAUUGAUAAUAUAUAUAUAUAUAUAUAUGAAUAUAUAUAAUCUCUUACCUUUUGCAUCCUUAGGUGGGUAUAAAAACGAGUGUCCCUACAGAAUUUGUUUAGUAUUGUUGCAUGGGAUGUACAGUGUGUGGUAAAUAAGUACAUUACGUCACCUGAUACCGGACGAUGGUCCCCUUCUCACCCCAUCGCACACGCACCUGUGCCUCUUGAGUUGUUGCUUUUCUCUUCAUGGUUUGUGUUUUACUUUGAAGGACAACGGAGGAGUCACAUUGUGUGUGUGGUUCCCACCCCUUGGCUUGGAUUCAGUUAUGAUUUGCGUCGGUGACUAAGCGAUAAACCGCGGCGUCCAUGUUGUGGUCGACGCCGUCCGCCGUCGAACAGCGACGAGAGACAAAAUGGCGUCUAACAUCAUUAGACACAUUACCCAUUACCCACAAUAACAGCCUGAACGUAGUUGGACUAUCUCCCCUCUCCCCCACCACCGCCGCAGCCACCGUCACAUGAUUUCAACUCUAGUAACUUUACAGAGGACAUAUCAAUAUGUUUACAGAAAUAAAAUAUACAAAAAGAGCACUACAAAAACGAUUUACAAUCUUUAGGGCUUUGAACCUCGAAGCUACGCGAGCACGUUCUCCGCAAGGGGGGGAGAGGCGACGAAAGUUCAAAGCCUGUUUCAAAGUAUGUUUACUAGACACACUGCAUUCCGAUACCUAUAGUUAUAAUAUUAAUAAGAAUAAAAAAAUAACUUUAUAACGAGAUUAACUUUUUAUUGAUUGUCUCAUUUUAUAAUCCGUUAGGUCUUUUCAGAGAUUAUCAGUGGUGCAGACUCUUGGAGGAAGGAGGACUUUCCCUACUUUAAACAUGGCCGCCGUGGCGACGUAGGCUACUGCUAACGUUAGCUGCGCUAGCUCUCCUCAUUUCAACACUUUCAACAGCCCCCCCCCCCCCCCCCAUUCCGAUUGUAGGCUAUGCAAGCAAGGACUGGGUGUCUAGCUAGGCGUUCGAUAUACGGUAAUGGGAUAUGCAGAAUGAUUUACGGUAGAAAAUAUUUUAUUGAGACCAACACCCCCUCAAAUCCCCCCAUGGGUACCGUCUCUAUAAUUGAUCCAGUCCAAUCCCACCGCCAUGUCAACACCUUCUCGUCUGGUCGAUGUUUAUAUGACAAAUCCAACCACAAAGUGAGUGUGUUUCUGUUCUGUUAUUUUCUACAUGUGGCAUGUGUUGCACCAAAUGACUUCUGUAGUGACUGAAACUAAAUAAAACUUCAAUGGGCUUUUUCAAAAGACA